AGGAAUAGAAGCUGUGCUGGUGGGAGUAGCCAGAGAGGUUUAGCAGUUGUUAGGACAUGUCUCUCUACAUACAACUGGCUCGAAACUGUGAAUAAAGACUUAACUUUACGCUGUCAGCAGUCUUGGAAAAUGGCACCAGCAGAAAGGGACCACGAUACAUCUGAAAAUGACCAGAAUGUGUUUGUAAGACUCCGGAAACUUCCAAGCGUCAAUAUCACAUUUGAGGUCAUUGGGAGGUCAUACUCCAGCGCUAAGGCUGCCAACCCAUUCCUGUCAUCUGUUUGUGGAGUUUGUGAAGACGGCAUGAGGAGUGCUGGCAGUCUGGCUGCCCGGAGUGUGCAGCCUGCUGUCCACAUGCUGCAGCCUCAGCUUGUAGCUGCCAACUUGCUGGCAUGCCGAGGAUUGGACCGCCUGGAGGAGAAAAUGCCAGCUUUGGAUUUCCCCCCUGCAAAGUUGGCAGCAGGAUUCGGAGACCUGGUGUCUUCUGCUGUGCAGAGCCCAGCUGUGCAGUACGUCCUGAGCAGCAAGAUUUCACAGCUGGCAGAGGAAGGAGCUGACACUGCCUUGACUUUCACUGAGCGCCUAGUCAACUACAUACUCCCAGCAUCCUCUGAGGAGAAAGAGGAGGCGGCGUUGGAAGUGCAGAAGUCUAAUGUCAGCAUUGCUGGCACAAAGCCGGGUUUUAGAAGACUGGGAGCACUGGCAAGCACUGUCUGGAGACGUGCUUAUGGGCAGACAGCCGCAUUGCUCCAGCAAACCAAGAGUCAAGGUCAGCAGCUGGCCGUACACAUCCCCAGUGUGACCCCUCCGAGAGAUGGAGACUUGGGGAAACAGCUUCAGAAAGCUUAUGUGUCAGUGGUGGCCGGUGCAAAGGACGGCGCCAUUGUGCUGUUGGAGUCUCUGGCCAAAGCUAGGCGGAAAGUGCUGGACAGCAUCUCUUAUUAUGGGCCGCUUCCUGGCCAAUCUUCCAAGCCAAGAGAAGAGAUCCUUUACAACGGGGAGGAAGGAGAGAAAGCAGAAGAGACAAAAAGCCAGUCGAAUGGCUCUCCUGCACUGGAGUCUAAUGGUUCAGACCAGAGGAACAACCCCUCUCUCAAUGCCCAGGAGUCAGUGAAGGAUGGAGAGCCCAUGGAACCCCAGCCAUCUGAGGAGCUUCGCCCCCUCCAAACAAAGCAGAUCCUAGAGAAGAGUCACCCAGAGCCUCAUUUGGAAAGUUGAGACAAAAUCAAGGUUACAGUACUCAGUGCUUAUUCUGCAGAUUUAUGCAAAUCAUGAAGGGGGGCCAUGAUACCAUUGGAUGCCACAGGUUUGACAAAGUAAGACAACGAUAACCCUUAGAAGUCAAAUGUUAUUAUUUUCAUAUAUUCAAGUCAUAUUCAAGUCAUUUAUUCAGUUUGUAGUCAAAGCAGCCAAGUUGUUCAUUUUUCAGCAUCAGGAAAAAAGAUAUUUAGCAGAAAAACAUAUUUAAUUAAAACGUACACAGCUUUUGUCUUUAUCACAACUUCUGUUCCUUUCAGGAGGCUUGCCUUUAGUUUUUUUAAAGAAAUCUGCAGGAAUAUUUUUCCACACUUCCAAAGUUCAGCCUUUCAAAUUGCUUUGCAUAUCUUUGAAUAAAUUUGUGAACUCCAGUUGUA